CGAAGGAAAUACGACUCCUUCUGAUUUCUCUCAACAGACUCUCUCUUUCCUUAUCCUCCUCUCUUUCCUUAACGAGCCAAAAAUAAUGGGAGAGAGAAGAGAGCAGAAACUCGUCAAUGGCAGCACUCUUUUCCUCCACAGGGCCAAUGGAGACAAAGCCUCUCGAUUGCCUGCCCUUUCCCCUCCCUUCUCCUGACCUCUGAUACCUCCUCCCCUGGCCUCUAAAACACCCAACUUUGAUGCCAGACCAAUCCUCCAGAUUUUCAUCUCCCCCCAAGGAUCUCGCCUUUCCUCGUCCUCGAUACCCCGUCACCGAGCUCUUCAUCCUCCCCACGCCGCAAAAUCCGCCCUUGUUUCUUCUACCCAUCGGUCGUCCAGUUUUCGCGUGUCUCUCUCCGGGAGGACGUUGAUCGCGUCACAAAGGCGGGCGCGCCUUUGUUCCCCCUCGUUUUUUUUUUUUCUUAAUCUCUUGAAGUUUGGAUCCGCUGGCUGAGUGCUGGGGGAAUCAGAGGAAGACCAUGAGCUCAGCGUCGGUUCCCGAGGCCUCAUCGACGCCACAGAAGAGAUUCUCUAAUCUACGGGGCGUCCGGUGGCGUGUUGAUCUUGGAAUACUGCCGAGCUCGCCGUCGGCCUCGAUUGAUGAUCUCCGGCGCGUCACCGCAGACACCCGAAGGAGAUAUGCAACUCUGAGGCGGCGCCUUCUCAUGGAUCAUCAUCCUCCAAAAGAUGGGGAUGCAUCUCCUGAUCUUACCGUGGAUAAUCCUCUAUCACAAAAUCCAGAUAGCACUUGGGGUCGGUUCUUCAGUUAUGCUGAAUUGGGAAGAAUGGUCGACCAAGAUCUGUCCAGGUUAUAUCCUGAACAUAGUGGCUACUUUCACACACCUACAUGCCAGGCUAUGCUAAGAAGAAUAUUGUUGUUAUGGUGUCUCCAACAUCCCGAGCAUGGAUAUCGACAAGGAAUGCAUGAACUAUUGGCGCCUCUGGUAUAUGUGCUUCAUGUUGAUUUGGAUCACCUAAUUCAAGUACAAAAACUCCAUGAAGAUUGUUUUAAUGAUGAAUUUGAUGGCAUCAUCUUGCCAGAAAGUGAUAUGAUCUCCAAUUACAGAAGUAGAAGGAUUAGAAACUGGGACUCUGGAAUCGAAAUUGAGAAUAAUCCUUACAAAGUGAGCAAUGGCCUUAGUGUAGGCGAACUUGAUCCUCAUACGAGGGAAAUAUUUUUGCUGAGUGAUUCUUAUGGAGCAGAAGGUGAGUUGGGAGUUAUCUUGUCUGAAAGAUUUAUGGAACAUGAUGCGUAUUGCAUGCUCGAUUAUUUAAUGGAUGGAGCCCAAGGUGUGCUAGCCAUGGCAAGUUUUUUCUCUCCUGUAGUUGGAUCCAGCACAAAUUUACCUCCUGUCAUUGAGGCCUCAUCGGCAUUGUAUCAUUUGCUGUCCAUUGUGGAUCAUUCUCUUCAUGCCCACCUUGUUGAGCUUGGGGUGGAACCUCAAUACUUCGCCCUCCGAUGGUUGCGUGUUCUAUACGGACGGGAGUUUUGCCUUGACGAUCUGCUGGUGAUUUGGGAUGAAUUAUUUUCUUCCAAAAAUAGUAGUUGCAUAGACAGUGAUGCGGAAUACAACUUUAAGGUUUUAUGUUCUCCUCGAGGGUCAUUCGUUGCAGCUUUGGCAGUCUCAAUGCUUCUCUAUCUUAGAUCUUCCCUUUUAGCUACUGAAACUGCAACUACUUGCCUCCAACGGUUACUAAAUUUUCCACUAAAACCUGAUAUGAAGAAACUUAUAGAGAAGGCAAAAUCAUUGCAGAUGCUCGCUCUUGAAUCGAACAUCACAUCCUCUUCAUCUCAAAGAUUAUCAGACAAGAAUAAGCUCAACGUCAGUAGAGGUUACAGUCUUCCAUCUGGUUCAGCUAUGCCCAAGACUUCAGUCAGUGUAAUACCAGAUAGUUAUUGGGAAGAGAAAUGGAGAGUGUUGCAUGAGGAUGAAGAGCUUAGAAAACAGAGCAAUAGUGAAUCAAGUUCAAGUGGAAUUAUGAAGAAGAUUUUGACUAGGAAAUUAAGUUUAUCCAGGACAAAGUCAGAACCCUUGGAAGGGAAAAAUGCUCAGUCUCAGUCUUCUGUUAGACGCAGACUUUUUGAUGAUUCUUCUAAAGAUAUUGUAGCUGAAAUAGACCAUGUUAAAUCUGAAUGCUAUGUGCCUGCUUUUGUUCUAGACAAUUUAAAUUCUGGGAAAAGUUUUACUGAGAAAUCGGUUGAUCAAAGAACCUCAGAUUGCAUGGUUGAAGAAACACUUUUAAGCGGGAAUAGCUCCAUGGUGUUGUCCCCGGCUACUAGUCCUCACGACAUAGGUAAUGACCAUGGAUACGAAUCAGAGAAAAGCAGUGUGACUUCAAAUUCAUUUCUUGGUGACAAUGAUGAGGAAACACUUAGUACGGAGGAUCCUUGUAGUCAAAAUCACCAAGAUGAAGAAACAAUUAAUAUGGAGGAACAUUGCACUCAAAAUCUCGACAAUCAAUUGGCUCAAGAUGUUGAAGCCGUCUCAUCUGUUGUUAUUGACACUGUACCAGAACAGGUAGCAGCUCCAAAGGACCGGAAAUCAUUUCCAGGUAAAUUUCAGUGGAUUUGGAGGUUUGGUAGAGGUUGUGACGAAGGAAAUCAAAAAUCACUAGCUGGAUAUAGCAAAAAGGAUAGCUGUAACAUUUCAACUUGUGAUGCAAUCUACAAUUCCAAUGGAGUUAAUAAAAGGACUGAAGUGGGAGAUAAGAAAGUGAUGGACACCUUAAGAAGUCUUGGGCAGUCUAUGCUUGAGAAUGUUCAGUUCUUGUAGGUGAUUGAGACAGUCUUCCAGCAAGAUAAGGGCAAAUCUGAUAACGUGCCAAACAACAGUCUUGGCGGUAAAGGUCAGGGUGCAGCUAUAACAGCUUUAAAGGAACUUCGGAAGAUCAGUAACUUACUGCAAGAGAUGUAAGAUGAGCUCUAUCUGUUAUACAAAUUGUAAGUACAUUCUUCUAUGGCUUAGUCAUUAAAAGAUAAUGUUUAGGAUUUUCUUCAAAUUUUCUUCCAUUAUUUGCGACCAAACAUUUUCGCAACAAUGUGGAAAAUGAGGAAUGCGGAUCCUGAAGAAGUAGUUGAUAGUCA